ACAUCGUGGUUGAGUGUUUUGAGUGAACGUUUUGAGUUUAUUGCACUAUACGCGUGUUUCAUGUAAUUUUCUAUUUUUCCUAACCAAGUGAAAUAAGGUAAUUUUAAUCAAUUUUAUUGGGAAUUGAUCGAAAUUUGAAUUUCAUAAAACAAUACCGAGGCCUAUACACAGAAAUUACGACUAAUUUCGCUUUUGAGCGGGACAUUAUAAGAAGCGAAAUUUUGAUAAAAUCAACUGUAAAUAAGCAUAGCAAAGUGUUUUAAGUUCUAUCAGAGUUAUUUAUUCAACACUACGGAUUUAUAAAGGCCGAUAAUAAUAUUUAAAUAAUCUUAGUGUUCGAUGCGGCAAGUGUUUAUCCUAACCUAUUUCCAAAGUUGACAAACCAGUGACUGAAAUAAAUUCUCUAUCGAACAUUCUCGAUCUUAAUAUUUAAAAAAAGAUUAACAAUAAAAGGGUACAAGAUAAAAUCAAUGGGGAACACAAAUUAUUCUUCCUUAUGUGCAGUUUCUACAAUCUCUUUGAAAACACGUUUCGUUUGUUUACUAGUGUGAUAAUAUUUGUGUGUGUAGUUGUUUACUUACGUUUUCAUCGCGAGAUGGUUUUCUAAUGGACCAGAGUUAGCACAGAUUUAACUUUCAAUUAAGCAAUCAAAAUGGCACCACCGGACCCAGUGACUCAAAUGAAUACGUACAAAUCGUACGUAACCAUGUUGGCCGAUCCAGUUUCAAAGGACGAGUUAAAAUUGAAGGCCGCUCAAGAAUUGUCGGAAAAUUUUGAGGUGAUCAUGUGCUCCUCGCAAUAUAAAACAUUUCUCGAGCAUAUGAUCAAAAUUUUCUUAAAGAUACUCCAAGAGGGAGAACCACAUUUUAUAUCAGAGUACAACAUCCAACAAGUGAGAAAAUUGAUUUUGGAAAUGAUACACAGAUUACCUAGCAACGAGUAUCUACGCCCGUACGUAAAACAGAUUUUGAGUUUGAUGUCGAAGUUAUUGGAAACCGACAACGAGGAGAACGUUUUGGUGUGUCUGAGGAUCAUCAUCGAACUGCACAAACAGUACAAACCGACUUUUAAUCCGGAAAUACAAUAUUUUUUGCAAUUCGUGAAAUCGGUGUAUAGCGAGUUACCAAAGAACCUGCCAAAAAUAUUCGAACCUCGACCACCCUUGAGGGUAAAGGAUUUGUCAGAAAUAAAUAUAGAAGCACUUUUAAAAGAAACCUUCACGAUUACGGCUAUACAAAGCGAAAAAAAGGCUGCGGAUGGUACUGUCGUUACUUACAAUCUGAUUCCCAAGGCGGUAUUGUCGCUCAAAGUGCUUCAAGAAUUACCGAUCAUAGUCGUACUUAUGAAUCAAUUGUACAAACAGAACGUGCACCAGGAUGUAUCCGAUUUCAUCCCUCUCGUGAUAACGACCAUAACUUUGCAACCGAGUCCUCAGCAUCGAGCCUCUCCUGGAUUCAACAAGGAAGUUUUCGUCGAUUUCAUGGGUGCUCAGAUCAAAACACUGUCCUUCCUAGCGUACGUCAUCAGAGUGUACCAAGACGUAGUGUCUCAACACAGCUCGAUAUUGGUGAAAGGAAUCUUAGGUUUGUUCACGUUAUGUCCAAUGGAAGUGGCGCAUCUACGAAAAGAAUUAGUAAUUGCAUCGAGACACAUAUUGGCCACGGAUCUUCGAAACAAAUUUAUACCACAUAUGGAGUGUUUUUUCGACGAAGAUAUAUUUAUUGGACGAGGCUGGACCACCCACGAAUCUCUCAGACCUCUUGCAUACUCGACCCUUGCGGACUUGGUUCAUCAUGUCAGGUUAUUGUUACCAUUAAGUGACGUGUCCAGAGCUGUACAUCUUUAUAGCAAGAAUUUAUUGGACCAAAGUCUUCCAACGGCCGUCCAGAUGGUAUCUUGCAAGCUGCUGAUGAACCUAGUAGACACAGUAAGGCAAAGAUCGGAUGCUGAAAAUAGUACUCAAGGAAGAGAACUCCUUAUGAGGAUUCUCCUAGUGUUCGUAUUAAAAUUCAAGACAAUAGCGAAGAUCUAUAUACCAAUUUUGCGUAACAAGGCCAAGCAGAUGACACCUCCUGGUCUAGAUAUCAAGACAGAGGACGUUAAACCAGCUGUUCCCGAUUUGAGCGAGGAGAAGGAGACUGGAAAGUCGAAAUUCGGGUUUCCUUCUUCUCAAGCUAUGAGCUAUAACGUCGCCGAUUAUAGAAACUUGGUGAAAAGUUUGGUGCACGGAGCAAAAGCUAUCACAGCGAACUGUAUCAACAGCAAGACGGGCGAAGUGACCCAGUCUAAUCAGUUUCAGACGAAAGAGACGUUGGUGUAUAUUAAAUUGGUAAAAUGGGCACUGCCAGCACUGGACAUUUACACGAUAGGUCCUCCAACCAUCGGAGCUGUAGCGCAACAAGGCAGGCCAGCCCAAUCUCAAACGAUUCGAACGAGAGAAGAGAAGGAAGUGUUAGAGCUUUUUGGAAACGUUUUUACUCAGAUGAAUCCACAAACAUUCCAGGAAAUAUUCUCGACUUCGAUCGACUACAUGGUCGAGAGGAUCUUCAAGAAUUGCGCGUUGCAGAUUAUCGGAAGUGCCUUUCUGUCUAGUCCCACGAUAUCGUCUACAUUCGCUACGAUAUUGGUCGAGUAUUUAUUAGAAAGAAUGGGUGACAUGGGAUCCAACGUGGAGAGAAGCAAUUUAUACUUAAGACUUUUUAAAUUAGUUUUUGGUAGCGUGUCGCUUUUCCCUGCUGAGAACGAACAUAUGUUGAGGCCGCAUCUGAAUCAAAUCGUCAAUCGAGCCAUAGAAUUAGCCAUGUCAGCGAAAGAACCUUACAACUAUUUCCUUUUGUUGAGAGCUCUUUUCAGAUCUAUUGGCGGUGGUUCUCAUGAUCUCCUGUAUCAAGAAUUCUUACCUUUGCUUCCUAAUAUGUUGGAAGGUUUGAACAGAUUACAGUCUGGUUUACACAGACAACAUAUGAAGGACUUGUUCGUUGAACUGUGUCUGACAGUCCCUGUGAGACUCAGUUCGCUUCUACCUUAUUUGCCGAUGUUGAUGGAUCCUCUCGUUUCCGCGUUGAAUGGAAGUUACUGUCUAGUCAGUCAAGGACUAAGAACUCUCGAAUUAUGCGUGGACAAUCUUCAGCCUGAUUUCUUGUACGAACACAUACAACCUGUACGAGCUGACUUGAUGCAAGCACUCUGGAGAACACUGCAUAAUCCUACUGACCAAGCUCACGUGGCUUUUCGAGUGCUUGGCAAAUUUGGUGGUGGAAACAGGAAGAUGAUGAUAGAACCACAGAAACUGGAAUACAACGACCGUGAGACUAAUUCGCCAGCUAUCGUCGUCUAUUUCCAAGAACCCACGAAACCGAUCGAUUUUCCAGUGGAAAAAGUAAUCGAGACCGCGUUCAAUGCCUUGAAGUCUAACAACACGGAUUCGUUUUAUCGUAGACAGUGUUGGGAGGUGAUCAGCUGCUACCUGGCUGCGUCACUGCGACUCGAUGACACCAAUGCUAUUCUGCAUAAGCUGUUUAUGCAUCCCAGCUUCAAAGAAGGAAAAAUUUCACAUCAACGAGGACCGCACUAUCAGUGUCCAGACACUGUCGCGAGAAACGUUCAGCAAACAGCUCUGACAGGAUUGUUUGUUGCUGCGGAAAUUAAAGAAUUAAGACAUUCUGUAUUAGGUACCGUAGUAUCUAUCGUCAGACAUUACACUAUGGUAGCCAUAGCACAACAAGCUGGUCCAUUUUGCUUAACUGGAAGACAAGUUCGUAUGCAAGGUCAAGAUCCUCUCGUUCUGAUCGAUGCUCUGGCUGUCAUCAUGGGCCAUGAAGAGAAGGAAUUAUACAAAUCAGGACAUCUAGCUCUGGUUUUAAUUCUCGAAACUGCGACCAACAUUCUUGGCUCCAAAGAAAGAGCCUGCCAGUUACCUUUAAUGGAAUACCUGGCGGAAAAGAUGUGUUCUUUGUGUUAUGAGCGGGCCUGGUACGCAAAAUUAGGAGGUUGCAUCGCUAUAAAGUUUCUUUUCGAAAGGAUGGCAACCAAGUGGGUGCUGAAUCAUCUAUUUGUAUUCCUGAAGGCUCUCAUGUUCGUGAUGAUGGAUCUGACGGAAGAAGUUUCGAACGGUGCGAUAGAUAUGGCAAAGGCAAAUUUGGAGAAGAUGUUGAGAGUCUGCGUAAACCCUGGGAUUCAAGAUGGCAACACGGAAUUAAUCGAGGCUCAAAAUAAGAGUCUAUACGAGGUUACCCAUGAGCUAGUGAGACAGGUGACUUCACCACACACUUUAGUUCGAGAACAAGCCAUGUCUUCUCUGCGAUUGCUCGCUGAAAUACAGAAUAAAACAGUCACUGAAGUAAUGGAACCACACAAAGAAGUUCUGGCAGACAUGAUCCCACCUAAGAAACAUUUACUCAGACAUCAACCAGCCAACGCACAGAUUGGUUUAAUAGAUGGAAACACGUUUUGUACCACGCUAAAUCCACGUUUAUUUACGAUCGAUUUAACGGAGCACGACGUGUUCUUCCAAGAACUUUUAGCACUCAGCGAGGCAGAAGACGCUAAUCUGAAUAAACUACCUUGUUAUAAAUCUGUCUCGAAUCUUAUACCACUUAGAAAAUCAGCUCUGAGAGCUCUAGCCGCCUGUCAUUACAUCGUAACCUGCCGCGAAAGAAUUUUCGGCGUUUUGUACAAAGCUUUGGAAAAGCCGAACGCAGAACUGCAAGAGGCGGCCUUCGAGUGCAUGCAAAAGUUCAUAGCUGGUUUCCAGAUCGACAUGCAAUCCGUCCACGCCAUUAUGCGACCUAUGCUGUUAACCUUAGGCGAUCAUAGAAAUCUCAGUCUAAACUGUGUUAAAAGACUUUCGUAUUUAACACAAUUGUUUCCAAGUACGUUCAGCACUGCUCUUUGUGAACAACUGUUACAGCACUUGAAGAAGCUUUUGGAGAAUCUAAUUCAAGCACACAAAGGUAUAUCCAAGUCUGGCGAAAACGAACAAAAAAUAGCCACCAUUAUAGGAAUCUUUCACGAAAUUCCUGCAGCCACUCCGAUAUUUAUCGACAUUCUUUGCAGACUAGUUUUGCAGACGGAAAAAUCCUUAAUGGUCGAAGUGUCCAGCCCAUUUCGUAUUCCUCUUAUGAAAUUCUUGCUACGAUAUCCAACGGAGACGCUCAAUUUAUUUUUACACGACAACAAUAUCAAAGAUCAACAGUGGAGUAGAUACUUGGAAUUUCUUAUCAAACAAAAGGAUGGAAAACCAUUCCGUGAUGUGUUACACAAUAGCACGACCAGGUUAAUUACCAUGUUGCUCGCACAUUCUCAAACCAAUUCGAACUUGAGUCACAAUGAGAAGAGCGAACUUCAGCACCAAGCUAUAAAAAUCAUCGCUAUCCUAAUAAAAUUCGACGAACAAUGGUUAUCGACUCAAAGUCAAUUGGUAGGUGCAUUGAAGCAAAUUUGGUGCAACGACGAAUAUCAAGCUUUGCACAAAAAGGUCGAGAGCGUGGAAUACUGCCAUUGGAAAGAACCCAAACUUAUUGUAAAAAUUUUAUUACACUAUUUUCGUCACCAUCCGAACGACAUCGAUUUGCUAUUUCAAUUAUUGCGAGCGACUUGCGACAGAUUUAUUCCUGAUUUCCAAUUCUUACGGGACUUCUUAGAACAUACAGUGGCACAAGAAUAUACAGUUGAGUGGAAACGAAGCGCUUUCUUCAGGUUCGUCGAUCAUUUCCCUACGAACAAUUUGUCCCAAGAACUAAAGGCUAAUGUAUUACAAUUGAUCGUAAUUCCUUGUUUCGCUGUGAGUUUCGAACGAGGCGAAGGCACGAAACUGAUCGGAGGAGCACCGAUGCCAUAUCAAGACAAUCCAGAGAAUGUAGUUUCCGUGUUCAUCAGCAAGAUCAUCGACCCGGACAAUCCAUUCGGUUCAGCAGAUUGCGUUCGGAUCUCCUUACUCCAAUUUUCUUGUCUUCUGGUCGAACAAGCUUCUCAACAUAUUCACGAUGUCAGUAAUAAGAGACAAGGUAAUAAGUUGCGAAGAUUGAUGACUUUCGCAUGGCCAUGUCUUUUGGGCAAGAACUGUGUUGAUCCUACGACGAGGUAUCAUGGUCACCUACUUUUAAGCCAUAUAAUAGCAAAGUUCGCCAUUCAUAAGAGGAUAGUUCUCCAAGUGUUUCACAGUCUCUUGAAAGCUCAUGCACUGGAUGCAAGAAACGUAGUAAGACAAGCAUUAGAGAUUCUAACUCCAGCAAUGCCCGUCAGAAUGGAAGAUGGUAACACGAUGUUGACACACUGGACCAAGAAGAUCAUCGUGGAAGAAGGACAUUCCAUGCAACAACUGUUCCAUAUUCUCCAAUUAGUAGUCAGACACUAUAAAGUGUACUAUCCUGUCAGGCAUCAUUUGGUGCAGCACAUAGUGAAUUCCAUUCAGAGGUUAGGCUUUAGUCCAACCGCUACUAUAGAGCAUAGGAGAUUAGCCGUUGAAUUAGCAGAAGUGAUCAUAAAAUGGGAAUUGCAUAGAAUCAAAGACGAAGCAGAGAGCAACGAAUCUGGUGGAAAUAAGGCGAUAGUGAGCUCUGUGAAACGACCUAUAAGCGAAGAUCUAACUGGAACCAAACGUAUGACCACUCAGGCAGCGACAGGAAGUACAACUGUUCCUGUUAUUUUACCUAGAAUGGAACCAGGCUCUACCAAACCUAUAGAAAGAGCUCACGCUGACGCUAUCUUGAAUUUUUUGCUUCGAUUGGCCUGUCAAGUGAACGACGUUACCACGAUUCAUGGCAAUCCAGGCGAACAACUCUCUCGACGCUGCGUGGCUCUGUUAAAAAUGGCGCUAAAGCCUGACGUCUGGCCACAAUCCUGUGAUCUUAUGUUAGGUUGGUUGGAUAAGGUUUUAGCUAGCGUGGACAGCACCCAGCCCAAUUAUGGUAAUAUUUCAACAGCUUUAGAGGUCCUCACGUUUUUACUAGGUGUCAUGAAAAGAGAACAGAUCUUGUCAAGUUUCAAAUCAUUGCAACGAGGCAUAGGCGCAUGUAUAGCGAGCAGCAAUACCAAAGUCAUUCGUUUGGUUCAUGGAUUAUUAUCACGUUUGAUGACCAUCUUCCCUGCAGAACCGACUUCUUCCACGGUCGCUUCCAAAUACGAGGAACUAGACACUCUGUACACUACUGUUGGUAAAUUUAUCGUUGAUGGUUUGGCUACGUACGAGAAGAACACCACGGCUACUCCAAGCACAUUGUUCGGAACUUUGAUGAUGCUCAAGGCAGCUUGCACGAAUAAUCCAAGUUACAUAGAUAGAUUGAUAACUCCGUUCAUGAGAGUUCUUCACAGAAUGGCCAAGGAUCAUUUACAUUCCGCUCAAGCGGAUGCUAAUCCAGUUGGCAGCGAAUUAUUAAUAUUAAGCUUGGACCUCGUGAAGAAUCGAGUAGUGGUGAUGGGCGUGGAAAUGAGGAAAACGUUCAUAGGCUCGAUUCUAGUCGGCUUGAUCGAGAAAACUCAAGACAUAAAAGUAAUGAAAGCAAUCACGAAGAUGCUCGAAGAGUGGAUGAAGAAUAAAAACCCUAUCGCCAUGAACCAGGCGCCCAGUCUGCGAGAGAAAUCAAUUCUUCUGGUCAAGAUGAUGCAGUAUGUAGAGAAACGAUUCCCUGAUGAUCUAGAAUUAAACAGGCAAUUCUUAGAGCUGGUUAAUUAUAUUUAUAGAGACGAAACUCUGAAAUCCUCUGAACUAACAUCGAAAUUAGAGCCUGCAUUUUUAUCCGGUUUAAGAUGCGUUCAACCUCAGAUACGAGCCAAGUUUUUCGAAGUGUUCGAUGGCUCGAUGAGAAGACGACUUCAUGAUAGACUUCUGUAUAUCAUUUGCAGCCAAAGUUGGGACGCGAUUGGUCCUCACUAUUGGAUCAAACAGUGCAUCGAAUUGCUUCUUGUCACUGCUAAUUCGACCACGCAGAUUCAAAUGUCGAAUCAGGAUACCUUGUUACCGAGUAUAACUUCUGUGAUAAACAUGGCAGACAGCGAGGAGCACAAGAACUUCAUAAUAUACAGCUCUAUAAAAGAAGAACCUCAGGAUAUCUCUGAAACGACUGAUGUAAAAGAUGAGAUUCUGGAUAUGGAUCUAUCUAACAUUGAUUCUACGACUGUCCCAGAGGAAAUCAUCACUACCGGGAAAGCAACGUUGACGCAGUUGAUAGCUAAACAGGGUGAAUUUAUAGAGUAUGCCAAGAAGAUCAGAACAGAGCAAUUGUUAUUAGCUACGGCGCAACUUUGUCACAUGGAUACGAAUUUGGCGGAACGUGUUUGGCUGGACACUUUCCCAAGGAUUUGGAGUAUUUUAGACGAACAUCAGCAAAGCAUCUUGACAGUUGAGAUUGUGCCAUUUAUCUGCAGCGGCACCCACGUCAUCCAGAAAGAUUGUCAUCCAAGUGCUAUAGCCACGUUUGUCGAAGCAAUUUCUCAUUGUAAUCCACCAGUACCUUUGCGGCCAGCUUUGAUGAAGUAUCUGGGCAGAUCUCACAAUCUCUGGCACAGGAUGACGCUAAGUUUGGAGCAAAUGGCGUUCGACAAUGGAAAUAAUCAAUUCAAAAUUAAGAGAGAGACAGACUGCUACGACUUCGAACCUGAUAACAGUCCCCAUUCUGAGAUCCUGGAUUCGCUGUCUGAUAUGUAUUCCUUGUUGUGUGAAGAAGAUAUGUGGUCGGGCCUCUGGCAGAAACAUGCUCAUUAUAAGGAAACUUUACAAGCCACUGCGUUAGAACAACAGGGAUUUUUUGAGCAAGCACAGGGUGCUUAUGAUGUAGCGAUGACAAAAUUUAAGCAGGACUAUGUGUCGACACCAGCACCGUUUAAAAUACAAAGGGAAGCUAUGCUUUGGGAACACCACUGGAUAAGAUGUGCAAAGGAGUUGAACCAAUGGGACCUGUUAUUGGAUUAUGGAAGUAAAAAGGCGGAGAAGAACCCUUUUUUGAUUCUUGAAAGUUCUUGGCGUAUUCCUAAUUGGGCUAUGAUGAAGGAGGCACUUGCUCAAGUGGAACAUAAUUGUCCGAAAGAGAUGGCUUGGAAGGUGAAUCUGUACCGAGGUUUCCUAGCGAUAUGUAACAGCGAGGAUCAGCACCUAAACGCAGUGGAACGAUACGUAGAACUAGCAUCCGGUUUGUGCAUGCGUGAAUGGCGUCGAUUACCUCACAUCGUGAGUCACGUCCAUCUACCAUUGCUGCAAGCAGCUCAACAGAUCAUGGAGCUUCAAGAAGCGAUGCAGAUCCACCAAGGACUAUUACACGGAAGAAGCACGUCGUUGCACGAUAUGAAGGCUAUCGUGAAAACAUGGCGAAAUCGAUUACCCGUAAUAGCCGAUGACUUGAGUCAUUGGUCAGACAUUUUCACCUGGCGUCAACAUCAUUAUACGUUCAUCUCGAGUCACUACGAUUCGCAACAAGACCAAACGACCAAUCACUCGAUGCUUGGUGUUCACGCUUCCGUCCAGGCAAUCAUUCACUUUGGCAAGAUAGCCAGAAAGCAUAAUCUAUGUGGUGUGUGUUUGGAUUCUUUGUCGAAGAUCUAUACGAUACCCAGCGUACCUAUCGUCGAUUGCUUCCAGAAGAUCAGACAGCAGGUGAAAUGUUAUCUACAGAUGGCUUCGGUUAGUGGUAAAAACGAGUUGCAAGAAGGUCUAGAAGUCAUUGAAUCAACAAAUCUGCGUUACUUCACUAAAGAGAUGACUGCGGAAUUCUAUGCUUUGAAAGGCAUGCUGUUGUCACAGAUAGGUAGAUCAGACGACGCGAACAAAGCCUUCUCAGCUGCAGUUCAAUUGCACGAUACAUUGGUGAAAGCUUGGGCUUUGUGGGGUGAUUACUUGGAGCACAUCUUCACGCGUGAUGCACGCCAGAUUUCUAUUGGAAUCUCGGCUAUCACUUGUUUCCUUCACGCUUGCAGACACCAGAACGAAUCCAAGUCCAGGAAGUAUUUGGCGAAAGUUCUAUGGCUGCUCACCUACGACGACGAUAAAUCUUCUCUGAUGGAAGCCGUAGAGAAAUAUGCUGUAGGUGUUCCUCCGAUUCAGUGGUUACCUUGGAUACCUCAGUUGCUGAUGUGUUUGGUUAGACACGAAGGAAACGUGAUUCUAAAUUUACUGAGCCAAGUUGGGAGAAUGUUCCCGCAAGCUGUGUAUUUCUCCAUUAGAACUUUGUACCUUACAUUGAAGAUUGAACAACGUGAGAGGUAUAAGAGCGCGGAAUUGGCUGCUGGAAAGAGUCAGGAAGGAGUAGAAGGACGUGGAGCUGCGGGGAACGUGCAGCAACAAGGAGUACCUGAAACGGGACCAAUUCGAGCCACGCCGCCCAUGUGGAGGUGCUCGAAGAUAAUGCAUAUGCAGAGAGAUAUCCAUCCCACUAUUUUAUCUAGCUUAGAAGGCAUCGUGGACCAAAUGGUCUGGUUCCGAGAAACUUGGUACGAAGAAGUCCUGAGGCAGCUAAGACAAGGUCUGGCAAAGUGUUACGCGAUAGCAUUUGAAAAUCGUGGGGCUGUGAGCGAAGCAACCAUAACUCCGCACACCUUGAACUUUGUGAAGAAGCUAGUCUCUACCUUUGGCAUAGGAAUUGAAAAUAUAUCCUCCUCUCAAAAUGUGAACAACACGUUCGGCUCGGCGGCUUCAGAGUCUCUGGCACGCAGAGCUCAGGCUACCGUCCAAGAUCCCGUUUUCCAGAAAAUGAAGGGUCAAUUCAAAAGCGACUUCGACUUCACCGUACCUGGAGCGAGAUUACUGCAUAACCUGAUCAGCAAGCUGAAGAAGUGGAUCAAGAUUCUCGAAGGAAAGACGAAGCAAUUACCAAAGUCCUUCUUAAUCGAAGAGAAAUGUCGAUUUCUAAGUAACUUCAGCUUGAAAACUGCCGAAGUGGAACUACCAGGUGAAUUUCUCUUACCUAAACACUCUCAUUAUUACGUAAGGAUAGCAAGAUUCAUGCCAAGAGUCGAAGUUGUUCAACGACAUAAUACAGCGGCUAGAAGAUUACGAAUUCGAGGACAUAAUGGACGUUUGUAUCCUUACUUAGUCGUCAAUGAUGCUGGAUUGGGCGAUGCAAGACGCGAAGAACGUGUCCUUCAAUUAUUGCGAAUGUUAAAUCACUACCUGGCUAAACAAAAAGAAACCUCAAGGAGGUUCUUGCACUUUACCGUUCCUCGCGUGGUCGCGGUUUCACCGCAAAUGCGACUGGUUGAAGAUAAUCCUGCUUCCGUUUCUUUGUUAGACAUUUAUAAACAAGGCUGUGCAAAAUUAGGUAUAGAACAUGACGCGCCUAUAGCUAGGUAUUACGAUAGAUUGGCUACGGUACAAGCUAGAGGUGCACAAGCAAGUCAUCAGGUGUUAAGGGACAUACUGAAAGAAGUGCAAACAACGAUGGUUGCCAAGACAAUGCUCAAAGAUUGGGCGGUGAAAACGUUUCCUGGCGCAACCGACUACUGGACUUUCAGAAAAAUAUUCACUCUACAACUGUCUUUGACUUGUUUCGCGGAAUAUGUACUCCAUCUGACAAGAUUGAACCCGGAUAUGAUGUACGUGCAUCAGGAUUCUGGUCUCAUCAAUAUUGCUUACUUUAAGUUCGACGUUGAUGAUACAUCUGGCGAGCUAGAUGCUAAUAGACCAGUUCCCUUCCGAUUGACACCAAAUAUUCUAGAAUUCCUCACCAGUACAGGUGUCUCCGGACCAUUGACUGCAAGUGCAAUUGCCACAGCUCGUUGCUUAGUCCAACCAUCUUUCAAAGUGCAUACGAUUCUUCGUGCAAUUUUACGAGAUGAAGUAAUCGCGGAUCAUAAUAAGAAACAAGAGGAUGCUGAAAAUUCAUCGCAAGCUCCAACAGAUAUGAAAGGUGAACUUCUGAUAACGAUGGUCACUCGAGCAGUGAACGCGAUCGUUGGAAGACUGAACUCUUUGGCCAACUUCGAUGGAACCGAUAGUAAAGUCAGCACGUUGGUCGCUGCAGCCAAUAGUCACGAUAAUUUAUGCAGAAUGGAUCCGUCUUGGCACCCAUGGUUGUAAUCGAGUUUUCUUAGGACCUACUUGUGCUUCCAAUGCGAACAAAUAUAGAGAAAUUGAUGGAUGUGGGUGAUUCUCAUAAUUUGUGCAGAACUUGUAUUAUUGUUUGUACUAAUUCAGUUUUCUAUUGCGAGAAGCAGCUACAGUCAUUGAUAUUCUCUAUACUUUGGAUAUCUACUACAUGUGUAUCAUUUUCUUCGUUUUUUUUCCUUUUUUUUUUUUUUUUUUUUUUUUUAAUUUCAAUUGAUUAGUUUCCAUAUAAUUUUGGUCUAAAGAAAUACUGUACUAAGUUCUGUAAAUAUUACGCUGAAAUGUAAGGAAUUAUUUGUAAAGUAUAUGUUUGCAUCUCGCUCGGAAUAAUCCGAUUAUUACAGUUUUGCAUUGACUUAUUUCAACCAAUUUAUCUUUUUGUAUGACACAUGUUUAUAUCGUGUAAAAAUUCUCGAUUCGGGAAUGUUCCAUCUGUAUCAUUUACUGUACAUACUACUUUUAAGUGUAAUUUAUAGUGAUUUAUGAAAAAGUGUUUAUAAAUCUAAAGAAUGACAAAGAAAAAGAGAGAAAUAAAUUAUCUAAAAUAAUUACCUUUUCUCAA